AUGGCUUCCCAUGAAUUUUGGUCCCCAAGCUCUUAUAACACAGUGGCUAAAAUUGAAUGCUAUUCACCCGACCCACUGUCUUUUCUCCAUAAUUCGAACCGACAUCCGGCCACAUCAUAUUUGGAACCAUGUUGUUCAUCAUCAGAAGAAGUGUCCAGUUUCGACAUGGAAAGGUUUCUCCCGAUCACGUGUUCUAUACCAGAAGAUGCCUACCUUGGGUGUGAUUACGGGGACAGAGGAUCACAUAAACUUAUUCCGAUAGAAUACACAAAUCCGCACGAGAAUAGCAUGCAUCAGAUAUCUACGGAAUGCCUCUGCGAAAGGUACCUGGGUCACCCAAACAGUACAACGUAUGGUAUUCGUUACACGUUAGAGAAACCGACCGGGAUAGAAACAACAGGCUGUCCGCAAAACGGAAUCAAUUGGGAAAUUAUGAGUGAGAACAGAGUGGCCGAUUUUACUGCUGUAUGGAAAGCCCCACAACAAGAAACGCCGCAUCAGCCAUUAUGUAAUGUUUCUGCUACUCCAAACCAACCGAGUGGAUCCACUAGAACGCAGAACCAUCUACGAAAGCAGCAUCAACGGGAGCAGGACAAAAACCGAACGCGGUCGCUGAAUGUUGCAUUCUGUCGGCUCAGAUGUUGUCUACCGGAGAUUCCGAAGGACACCAAAUUGACCAAGAUCCGCACACUUCGGUAUGCGAUCAGCUACAUUCGGCACCUUAUGGAUACUUUGGAUCUAGAUGAAGGACAAUCAAUAGUUGGGAAUGUUCAGACAAGUUGCUUAAACGUGAGUUGGACUAUCAAUUUUGCUGUUUGA